AUGAACAAUAAUAAAAUUCUCACACGACAAAUUUUACCUGAAGUAGAAAUUAGUAUUAAUUUGAACGGAAUAACAAUUUCAAGUGACCGUUUAACUCCUUCUCGUUUUGUAGCGUAUGAUAUUGGGGGCAAGUGUCGUGAAUGUAAAAGUACAGAAGUGGAGUUGGAUUUUGUUGUCACUAAAGAUGGGAUUACAAUAUAUUGCACACGUAUUUCAGGAACUCGUUUUGUACCUUUUGAUUCAACUUAUGAGUUACCAGGAAUAUGUUUCUUUCGGGUAUUUAUUUUUAGCCGUUAUCUAUUAAUUUUAUAA